UCAUUAUAACCCGCCACCUGCUCUCUCUCUUUCUUUUGUGUGUAUCGUCUCCUACUCCCUCCACCGAGACGUCUCUCCUUUGUUGCCUUUCCAUCACCACAUCUGACCGAAGAAGAAGAAGAAGAAGUUAACAGGAGACUGAAGCAAGCAAAGACGACGUAAGUAAACAAAACAUUGGCACGCCAUACCUGUAGCGUACACCACGCAUUGCUGCAAAUCCUAAUGGAGGAGGCAGUGCUGGACCUCGACCGGCUCAGGGCAGUCCGCGUCCUGGGCCGCGGAGCCAUGGGCACCGUCUUCCUCGUCAGGGCCGCCGACCCGGACCCGGCCCCGUCCCUCCUCCCCGCGCUCUUCGCUCUCAAGGUGGUCGACAAGCUGUGCGCCUCCGCCAAGCCCGACGCCCUCCGUCGUGCCCGCUGGGAGCUGUCCCUCCUCUCUGCCUUCUCUCAGUCUGACAGCCGCAACCACCACCCUUUCCUGCCCUCCCUUCUCGGCUCCGUGGAUACGCCCGACCUCCUCGCGUGGGCACUUCCCUACUGCUCCGGCGGCGAUCUCCACGCCCUCCGCCGCUCCCUCUCCCCUGACGACGACGCCUUCUCCAUCGCCGCCAUCCGGUUCUACCUCUCCGAGAUCAUCGCCGCCCUCGCCCACCUUCACUCCCUCCGCAUCGCCUACCGUGACCUUAAACCCGAGAACGUCCUCCUCCAGUCCUCCGGCCACAUUACCCUCACCGACUUCGACCUCUCCCGCUACCUCCCCUCGAGAUCCUCCACCAACCUCUCCCCUCUUCGUCCUCCGCCUCCACUCCCCUCUGAUCACAACCGUCGCCACCGCCGGAGUCUUGCCCGGAUCUUCGUCUUCGGCACCGCGGAAGACCACCUCAAGAAGAACGCCAGGUCGGCCAGGGUCUCGCCGCUGAGCCGCCGAAGGACGAGCUCUACCUCCACCUCAGGCGGAGGCGACGAGCGGUCGUUCUCCUUCGUAGGGACGGAGGAGUACGUGGCCCCGGAGGUGGUGCGCGGCGACGGGCACGGUUUCGCGGUGGACUGGUGGGCUCUGGGGAUCCUGGCAUACGAGAUGGCGUACGGGAGGACGCCGUUCCGGGGGCGGAACCGGAAGGAGACGUUCCGCAACGUGCUCACGCGGCCGCCCCAGUUCUCCGGACAGCGGCGCACCGACCUCACCGAUCUCAUCGAGCGGCUCCUCGCCAAGGACCCGACCCAGCGUCUGGGGCACGCCAGGGGUGCGGAUGAGGUGAAGGCGCAUCCCUUCUUCGAGGGGGUGAUGUGGGAGCUGCUCCCCGAGGUGUCGCGGCCGCCGUUCCUAGCGCCGGUGGUAGACGGCGAAGAAGGGGUGGGAUUCGACGUCCGAGAUUACUUAAGAGUCCUCCACCAACAACAACCAGCAGCAGCAUCGCCGUCAGCGUCGUCGGAGUCGUUCGCCGAGUCUUGACGGUGACGGUGACGUGAGUUCGCUGGCCAGAUUGUUUUCCCUGUUUUAUUUUUCAGGUUAGCCAACGGCCUCCGUUGGAAUCAAACGGAAGUUUAGGGGUUGAAUUGUAAUAUAACAGCUCUUGCCA